AGGUCACUAUACAACACGAUUUCGCCCGAUGCGCAACCGAACAAAACACGAACGUCACCCGAAACGGAAAAGAAGGGCGACUCGCGUAGAAAGACAUUAGACAGCUGUCGCAUCAUUUUCAGCUGAUUUUUGUGUACGCAUCGCGAACGUCGCUUAGUGAAGGUGAUCCAGGCGCAUCAUAACGGUACCAGAGACACGGCGUGACUCGCACAAUCGGAGAAGUGGGCACAAGGUCGAGACGCGAGGGCAGCUAGGAAGCGACGGUUUCGCAGCGUCGAACAAAGGGAGAUGGUUGAGUGAGCGCGGGUGGUGGCGGGCGUGACGUCACUCGGCGUCGGCGGCGUCGUCUCGGCCGAUGCGGCGGGCGCGCCGGUGAUCUCGGUGCGCGCACUCGCAGCGCAGCGGGCCAGCCUGGCCUCCAGUGAGUCGGGGGACGAGGGCGCAGGGCACCGGCCGCCGCGCAAGCGGACCCGCAGGCUGUCGCCGCCCGCCCGGCCCGCGGCCAUGCACCAGCCGUGCGCCAACGGCGCGCAGCAGCGCCACCUCAACGGCGAUGCCACCAAUGGCGAGCUGCCGCCGCCCGCCCGCGUCCUGGACCAGACUGACCAGGAGAUCGUGCGCCUCAUCGGGCAGCACCUCAUCUCCAUCGGCCUCGAACGCAGUGCGGCGCUCCUGAUGGAGGAGUCGGGGCUGCACCUGGAGCACCCGGCGGCGGCCACGUUCCGCCAGCACGUGCUCGCCGGCGACUGGGUGAAGGCGGACCACGACCUGCGCGCGCUGCACGAGCUGCUGCGCGACUCGCCGCACGUCGAGCCCCACAACCUCGCCGAGAUGAAGUUCGUCGUGCUCGAGCAGAAGUACCUCGAGCACCUGGAGGCCGGGCGCGUGCUGGACGCCCUGCACGUGCUGCGCAACGAGCUGACACCGCUGCAGCACGACACGGCGCGCGUGCACCGCCUGUCCGCGCUCAUGAUGUGCGCCUCGGCCGGCGAGCUGCAGGCGCGCGCGCGCUGGCCCGGCGCCGGCGAGGUGUCGCGCGCCUCGGUGCUGCACCGCGUGCAGGCCGUGGUGCCGCCGGCGCUGAUGAUGGCGCCGGAGCGGCUGCGCGUGCUGCUGGCGCAGGCGGCGGCGCAGCAGGCGGCGCGGUGUCGCUUCCACUGCGCGCCGCGGCCGCCGCCCGCCGCCGACCAGAUCCCCUUCACGCUGCUGGCCGACCACCACUGCUCGGCGGACAACUUCCCGAUCCACUCGCUGCAGGUGCUCAACGAGCACUGCGACGAGGUGUGGUACUGCAAGUGGUCGCCGGACGGCUCGCGGCUCGCCUCCGGCUCCAAGGACAAUACCGUCAUGAUAUGGGACUACGACCCCAACGCGAAGAGACUUUCCUUUAGAAAAUCCCUGGAAGGUCACACAUAUGGAGUGUCAUACUUGUCGUGGAGUCCGGACGGUCGGUACCUGAUCGCGGCAGGGCCCGAGGACUGCCCCGACCUCUGGAUAUGGAAUAUGGAGACGGAGCAGCUGCACGUGAAGAUGACGCACUCGCAGGAGGACUCGCUGACGGCGGCGGCGUGGCACGCCUCCUCCGACAAGUUCGUGUGCGGCGGCGCGCGCGGACAGUUCUACCAUUGCGGACUCGACGGCUCGCUGCUGAACAGCUGGGACGGCGUGCGCGUGAACGCGGUGUGGUGUCGCGCGGACGGACGCGGCGUGCUCGCCGCCGACACGCACCACCGCGUGCGACACUACGACUUCACCGACCUCACCGACCGCAACCUCAUCCAGGAAGAGCACGCGGUGAUGGCGAUGACGCUGAACCAAGCGGACACGCUGCUUUUGCUCAACGUGGCCAACCAGGGCGUGCACCUCUGGGAUAUACGAGCGCGUGCGCUGGUGCGUCGGUUCCGCGGCCUGAGCCAGGGACACUUCACUAUCCACGCCUGCUUCGGCGGCGCGCACCAGGACUUCAUCGCAUCCGGCAGCGAGGACAAUAAGGUGUACAUCUGGCACAUAAACGGCGAGGAGCCGAUCGCGGUGAUCUCCGGACACACGCGGUGCGUGAACGCCGUGUCGUGGAACCCCGUGCACCACGACGUGCUCGUGUCCGCGUCCGACGACUACUCGCUGCGCCUGUGGGGGCCGCGCGACCACCGCUCCUAGUCACCGCGACACCCGAGGUGACGAGACGUGACGACUCAGCGGCGAUAUCCACAUAAUCUAGAGUACUGUAUUUAAGUCCCUUCGAUUAACUUAAUUAAGACUUAAUUAUAUCGAAAAGAGUUUAAUAUUUUGUAGCGGAGACCGCGCGUAGCUCUAUUUUUUUAACGAACCCCGGAAUCUCUCGAGUUCGACAAGUCGACAAGUCCGACGCCGAGCUGUCAAUAAUCAAUGAAUCCGAUCAAUGAAUACUGAACCGUACUAUCAAUCUAAAUUUAGUUUACGUUGACGUUUCAGUCAAAUUUGAAAGUGCAUUUAUGUCACAUCGGCUUUGGUUCGGUCAGCAGAGUCAAAGGAAAAACUAGCGACUGCCAAAGAAUCGGCAAAUAUCGAAGGUAAAACUAAUAAUUGAAUGCCUUCGAUUGGUGUGUGUAAACUUAGUCAUCGGCUGAUUUGACUAGAUAUCGCGUCCCCUGUAUGCUUCGGGGACGAAUGUAUGGCCAAUCUCGUCUAUAUUUAUGACCUGCGAUUAUGCUUGGAGUGAUGUAAUCUGCAUCGGUGGUGGCCAGUAUAGCAUGUCCGGACGGUCAAGCGACGGCGCGACGCUCUUCAGUCCGGCUUGACCGUCUGUCGACAGUUUUGGAGGCCGAGUACCGAACUCUGCGGCGGCUUUAAGAGAAUUAUGUUAACGCAAUUUUAGAUUAUAUUCUUUUUGAUAUUUUAUUAUAUUUUAGAUUUUAAAGUAGGUUUUAUAAGUCUCGCGACACCUUAUCUCGUAACGUGAUAUUGAUUGAACUUAAAUGAUUUCACCCCGUUUUGUUGUUGAUUUACUUUGCUCAUUUAAUUUCUAAGCUUGAGUUAUUGGCUUGACAGUUGGAUUAGACCAGAUUUAACGGUCGACGAGUGCACGUCAUGUUGUAGAUAAGGUGUCAAUAGCUGCCCGGAGUUCGUUGUCGGCGUGAAUCGACGUCAAGCGCGAUUGACGGUGUGUCGCCCGUCGUCGCUGCAGACAGAAGUAAGCGGUCGACGAGCGAGCGGGCAUCAGUGCCCGGGUUUGAAUUUGUUAUAAAUAAAUAAUUAUUAUAUCAAUAAAUUUUUUAUUGUAAACUAA